CAAACACAACUAAAUUGUUCGCCGUGGUGAGAAGUCCGUCGCGGAAUUUCUCUCGCAAUCGAAAAAACAGAAAAAUCAUUUUCAACUCUCAAGCUCAAGUAGACCAUCUGUAACAAAAGAAAAUUCAUUUACCCGAGUUUCUCUUCUCGCAUAACGUUUUUCCUAUCGAGUGCUCGGUUUUGCUUACGCAGAGAAAAAAGCCAAUUAAAAACUCCAAUCAAGUGAAAAUAUCAAAUCUAGAAAAACAUUUUUAAAUCAAAAGAAGAAGAAAAAGAAAACUACGCAACUUCCCAGCCCAUAACAGGAAAAAGGCAAAAACAAAAACCACUCAACUCGAGCGCUCUUGAAUUAAAUAUCGAUCGAGUGGAAUUUAGAAAAUAAAAAGAAAGAAGAAGAAGAACGAACGAGCACCCAAAUUAACUCGUGCGUAUGUGUGUGUGGGGGGAAAAACAAAAACAAACGUCAGCCGCGAAGCAAAACGUCAAAUAAACGCGUUAUUUUUGUUGUUGUUAAAAAGUGAAGAAGCAGGAAAAAAAAGAAAACGAAUCGGAAGACGUUCACAGUGGUGGAGAAGCAAAGAAAUAAAAGAAAAAAUUGUGUGCCCCAAAACCAAAAGUUUCUCUACUGAAUUCCUCCUUGAUUUAGAUCAACAAAAAGAAAUAAAUAAAAUGAAUUGAAUUAAAAUUAAAAUUAAGAAAUAAAGUUUCAUAAAGGAAUUGCGUUAGUUUUGUUUUUUUUUUUUUGUUUCUAAUCGAGUCGAGAGUCCAAAUCCGUCACGGAAAUUCCAAUAUCCAGUGAAAAGAGAAGAGUUUCUUGAAAGUGCUGAUAAAGAAUUUUCUCAAGUGAAAUAGUUUUGCAUUAAUUUAUUUUUGUUGUCUGUUGUUUAUCCUUGUUCCGCAUCUCUGUUGUUUCCCAGAGGAGGACUCAUCAUCUUAAUCUUUUCCGUUUUAUAUAAGAAGAAAAAAGUUUUUACAGGGGUAGGGGAGUGGCAAAGGCAAAGGAAAAGCCAAAAAGAUAAGCCACCGUUAAGCUUAAGGAACAAAAACACCAAACCAACCAAGGAUUCGCAUGAAAAUUAAGCACGGAUCGAUGCAAUGAAUAUUGUCGGAGACUAUGAAUACAGUACAAAAGAUAUGCUCGGCCAUGGGGCCUUUGCUGUCGUCUACAAAGGUCGACACCGCAAGAAAUCCAGUUUCCCAGUGGCCAUUAAAUGCAUCACUAAGAAGGGUCUAAUCAAGACACAAAAUCUCCUUGGAAAAGAAAUAAAAAUCCUCAAGGAAUUAACCGAGCUGCAUCAUGAGAAUGUCGUUGCUUUGUUGGACUGUAAAGAGUCACAGGACUGUGUCAAUCUUGUUAUGGAGUAUUGUAAUGGAGGAGACUUAGCUGAUUAUCUAAGUGUACAAGGCACUCUAAGUGAGGAUACAGUACGAUUGUUUUUAAUACAAUUGGCUGGUGCUAUGAAAGCCCUCUACACCAAGGGAAUCGUUCAUCGUGAUCUCAAACCCCAAAAUAUAUUACUCUCGCAUAGUUAUGGAAAAUCAUUGCCGCAGCCCUCAAAAAUAACGCUUAAAAUUGCCGAUUUUGGAUUUGCUCGAUUCCUUCAUGAUGGUGUUAUGGCAGCUACACUCUGUGGAUCUCCAAUGUAUAUGGCUCCUGAGGUUAUAAUGUCUUUACAAUAUGAUGCCAAAGCAGAUCUCUGGUCUCUGGGAACAAUUGUAUAUCAAUGCUUAACCGGAAAGGCACCAUUUUAUGCUCAAACCCCAAAUGAAUUGAAAUUCUAUUACGAACAAAAUUCAAAUUUGGCACCAAAAAUGCCAAAUGGUAUUUCACCGGAAUUGAGUGAUUUACUAUUGGGUUUGUUGCGCCGCAAUGCCAAGGACCGUAUUUCAUUUGAAAGCUUUUUCAAUCAUCGAUUCUUGCAGGGACUUAGGCAAGCACAGCAGGCAGCAGUUGAUAUGCCACCAUUGGGAACCAAUCUUACACCGCCCAAAACUCCAAGUCCUUUACAAAAUAAAUUGGAAAAAUCUCCAAGUACAGAAUCACAGGUAGAAAAUCCAGCCAUUAUAGCCACAAUAACAAAUGUCGGCAUUUUAUGUGACAGUGAAGCAAAUAGCGGUUCAUCAAGUAGUCCUGAAGAUUCUGAUGAUUUUGUCUUAGUGCCGAAGAAUCUUCCAGAAGAUCAGAAUGUCGUAGAAUAUGAAAAGAAGCACAACACACGCAUGCAGCCCCAGAAUCCUCAAUCCAGUCCUCCACGACCUAGCAGUCUCCCAAUUUCAGAGCCCAAACCUGUUCCAGCUCCAGUACGACGACAAUCGACGGCCAAUGCUAACAACACCAACAACACUAAUGCCACCAACACUACUACAGCUGUUGAUAAAUUGCGACGUCAAGAUUCGGCUCCGUCGUCAAAGAAUUUGCAAGCUGUUGCUGCUGCGGCUGCUGCUGCUACUGCUACCACUACAUCUCCAAAUCCGAUUCCACGUUCGCAGCCGAUAAGUGUCAAGCGGCCUGAGCAUCGCAGCUCUGUGAGCAGCGAUAUCAAUUCCAUUUCACCGCCAGCAGUGCAGUUUGCUAUUGGAACACCUCCAAGUCGUCUCAGAUCGGCCUCUGGAGGAUCACUCUCAGAGACACCACCACCAACGGCACCAUGCACGUGGCAGGUGAGCCCUGGCGCUCUGACACAAUCACCACUGCGACGAUCUGGCAACAGUUCACCCGUCCUUCCAUCGACUUUGACCAAGCUUCCAACCUUGGGCAGUCCAACUCUGGUGAUCAAUAGUGGCAGCGGUGGCAGUACUGGCAGUGGCAGCAGCGAGAACAACAAUCAUCCUCAUAUGCUGGGACAGCGGGCAUUCACACUGCCCGAAUUGGGCCCUACCGGUGGGCUGCCAAGUCUGUUGGACACGAACAACUGUGACGGACAGACAAUUCCAUUCCAAGCACCAGAACUGUCUGAGGAGACGCUCAUGGACCGUGAGCACAAUGAGACAUUGUCCAAAUUGAACUUCGUCCUUGCCCUCACCGAUUGCAUACAGGAAGUAGCCGACUCGAGGUGUGCUCCUUUGUCGGCGCUUAUGUCGGCCACAGAGCAACAAAUCCCACCGCAUGCUCCCGAGCAUUGUAAGAGAGUAGAGCGACUGGUGCUGCUGGUGAGGGCGUUGCAGUUGUUGUCUUCCGGAUUGAAUUUGGCAUCUCAGCAGUUGCAUAGUGGUAACUUGAAGCCUUCUUCAAAUGUUAAAAAUGCACUUCUCACAAUGAACUCGAAAUAUCGUAGUAUUCUUUAUGAAUCAAAGAGGCUGAACGGAACUGGCUUGUUGCAGAAAGCAAGUGCAUUUAAUAUAACUGCUGACAAAAUUCUAUACGAUUAUGCAAUAGAUAUGUGUCAAGCUGCUGCUUUGGACGAACUCCUAAGCAAUACUAAGAAUUGCUUUGAGCGAUACAAUACCGCACAUAUUUUAUUGCAUUCGCUCGUACAGAAGUGCAAUCAUCCACAGGAUAAAAUGCUUUUGAAUAAAUAUCGUGAUGCUGUGGAAAAACGGCUCAAUAUCCUUCAGCAGCAAGGAUUCAUCUAUGUUACGGAUGAGAACUCAUAAAACAGUGCAAAUGCAAAACAAUAACUUUUUAUUUUCAUCUUGCAUUACUUGAAAGUGCAACAACAAAAGAAAAAACAAAAGUUAAAAAAAAAUGUGAUUAUGGUUAUUUUAUUAAAUUUAUAUUAAAUAACUAUUAGAAAACAAAAUAUGGCAAAUGCAUGAAAAAAAAGAAAACAAAACAAACCGUAUUCCCCACUUAUAUUUAUAACCCUAAAAGUGUAAAUAAAAAAAGAUAUAUAAAUAUAUGAAUACAAAAUUAUUAAUAUAUACAAACAAAAUACACACAUAAACACACAAAUAAAACACAAACUACAAGGAAAACAUAAAAUAUCGUUAUUGACCUAUUUCCCUUAGACAAAAAAUGAAAAACAAAAACAAACUUCUCUUUGAUUUAGUCCUUAGUUUUAAAUAUUUUUAAGUUGAAUGAAAGAAAAAUCUUAUUCUUACUUAUAUAUACAUAACAUAUAUAUUAUUACUUCAUAAAAGAAUCAUUAGAGGAAAGGGAUUUCGAAGAAAGUUUAUAAAUUCAUAUUACAUAUGUACUACAAAAAUAUUCACAACAAUUAAAAAAACAUAAACACAUCAUAUUGAAAAAGAAUAUUAUAUACUUUUUUAGUUUUAUGUCUUAUAACAAUUUAUAAAGAUUUAUAUCUCCUCCAGCGCAAUAUUAUUUCAAUUUCAGUUUCUUUAUUUGUUUAUGAUAUUUUUAUAUAUGAAUGAAUGUUUAAAUAAUAAUAAUAAUAUAAGUUGGUCAAGUUAUAUGAAAAACGAAUGACAUUUCAUAAUGUAUGUGAAAAUAAAGUGAAUGAAAAGUUUUAUGUUUAAUAUUUACGUCUAACAAAUUAAAAAAGUAAUGUAGAAGUUAAUUUAAUUACAAAACACAAAAGAAAAAAGAGUUAUUAAAGAAAAGAAAAACAUAAUAAAUUAACACCUAACCAUUAUAAUAUAGAAAUUCUAUAAUAUAUAUUUUAGUUUUAAAUUCUAAGUGAAAUGACGAGAAAAAUAAAAAAUAUAUCCUCUUUUUUGCAUUUCGUUGGUAAAAAUUUCAACUCAUAUUACAAAAACAAAAAGAUACAUUAUAACAAAUAAAUUUGUCCUAUGAAAGGUAUAUUGAACAAAAACAAAAAACAUAUAUCAUGUAAGAUACAUAAAACAUAAAAUACAAACAAAUAAAUAUGAAAACUAAAUGAAGUGUAAUUUAAA